UUGGAAGAGCAUUUGAAUGCAGCAUGGGACAAGUGAGGGAAAGAGGAAGGAAUCCACGUACUCAAUCUUCCAUCGCCAGCCGUUUACUGUCCUCAAUGUUUAACACUACGUUUAUUUGAUGAAACGCUGCUUUUAAGUAAGCGGAUAACGGGUUUCAUAGUGGCGGGGUGACGUGGAAUAACCCACAUUGGUGCAGUUUGCUGAACGGGAGAGGACUAAAAUGGAGCUGGAAGACGGAGUUGUGUACCAGGACGACCCGGGGACAUCAGCGAUGAUGUCUGAGCGGGUAUCGGGCCUGGCCAACUCCAUCUACCGCGAGUUCGAGAAGCUUAUCGGGAAAUACGACGAGGACGCGGUGAAGGAGCUGAUGCCGCUGGUCGUGGCCGUGCUGGAGAACCUGGACUCGGUGUUCGCCGAGAACCAGGAGCACGAAGUGGAGCUGGAGCUGCUGAAGGAAGACAACGAGCAGCUCAUCACCCAGUACGAGCGGGAGAAAGCGCUGAGGAAACAUGCAGAGGAGAAGUUCAUUGAGUUUGAGGACACUCAUGAACAGGAUAAGAAGGACCUGCAGAACCAUGUGGACAGAAUGGAGUCCCACUCACGGCAGCUGGAACUUAAGAUCAAGAACUACGCAGACCAGAUUGGCAGGUUAGAAGAACGUGAGUUGGAGCUCAAGAAAGAAUACAACUCCCUCCAUCAGCGCCACACAGAGAUGAUCCAUAACUAUAUGGAGCACGUAGAGAGGAUCAAAAUGCAGCAGAUAAGUGAGACUUCAGAUUCCAGCGCGGUCGGCCGAAUCAGGAGAGAGCGCCCUCUUUCUUUGGGGAUCUUCCCAUCUCCUGGUGGAGCAUCUCUGCUAAACCCAGACCCCCAGGCCAGGGCAGAGACACCAGGCACAGAGGGCUGGAGGUUCACCGACCUGAUGCGGUCCAACACUAGUCUCAAGCAGUUGGACUUUGUCAACCCCCCAAAGGAAAGGGAUGGUAAGAGUGCCCAGGACUCUACUUGGGGGAAUUCACUGGCAGACGACUGCAAGGAUGAGCUGUCUGACUUCAAUGGCUCGAAGUCAGCCACACCGAUGUCCACCACGGCCUCGGACAUGGAGAGGGAAGGGGGGAACAGUAAGAGCAUGGAGGUGCAAGCUGCACCUGGGACCAGAUCCAUAUCAGUAGGUUUGCCUGAAAAUGAGGACAACUCAGAUGUGCAGGACAUUAUUGAGUCCACCCCUGAGCUGGACAUGGAUCUCAUUGGAUACAAGCCCUGCAGUACUCCUACUAAAGGCAUUGAGAACAUGGCAUUUGACCGAAACACAGACUCUCUGUUUGAAGAGCUGUCGUCUGCAGGCACUGGACUUAUAGGGGAUGUGGAUGAAGGGGCCGACCUGCUGGUGGAGUACUCUGACCUUAGUUUGAUUGGUAUGGGCCGAGAAGUUGAAAAUCUUAUUCAGGAGAAUUCACAACUGCUCGAGACAAAGAAUGCUCUGAACGUGGUGAAUAAAGACUUGAUAUUGAAGGUGGACGAGUUGACCUGUGAGAAGGAGAUGUUGCAGGGAGAGAUGGAGGCUGUGCUGCAGGCCAAGACCAAGCUGGAGGACAAGAACAGAGAGAUGGAGGAGGAACUCAAAAAAGUGCGACUGGAGGUGGAGGAAAUGAAACACAAAACUAAAGAUGAAGAAGAUAGUGAUGUACCUACAGCCCAGAGGAAGCGCUUCACCAGAGUGGAAAUGGCCCGAGUCCUGAUGGAAAGAAAUCAGUACAAAGAGAGACUGAUGGAGCUACAGGAAGCUGUGCGGUGGACAGAGAUGAUCAGGGCCUCAAGAGAAAAUCCAACACUCUCAGAAAAAAAGAAAUCCAGCAUCUGGCAGUUCAUUAGCUUCAGCAGACUGUUUAGCUCCUCCUCCAGUUCGCCGGCUAUAAAGAAAGUCGAGUCCCAGUCCAACAUGAAGUACAACCCCCCUGGCGGCAUGGUAAAGAGGAGUAGCACCUUCUCUCAGUUCCCCACAGAGAAGUCCAAGACUUUCGACUUCCUCAAUGAAGAAAAGGACCAGUGCAGCUCGCCAUCACGUAAAGAGCAGAAGAGAGCCCAGUACAGACAGGUCAAGGCCCACAUGCAGAAGGAGGAUGGACGAGUCACGGCACACGGCUGGAGCCUGCCCAGCAAAUACAAGGUGGCAAAUGGUGAACAGGUGGAGAACAAGAUGAACUUACCUGUACCAGUAUACUUAAGACCUCUGGAUCAGAAAGAUGCUUCCAUGAAGCUGUGGUGUGCUGCAGGGCUCAACCUGUCCGGAGGGAGGACAUUGCCAGAGCUCACCAGGCAGAUAAAGGGUUCUCAGAGUAGCCUGGACCAGUUAGAGCAAGAGAGUAAGGAUCAUGAGAAAGGGGAGCAGGAGAAGGAGCUGGUCCUUCAGGACGAGACAUCCAGUAGGGUGUGGGUGUGCACCAGCACCCACUCCUCCACCAAGGUGAUGGUGCUGGAUGCCAGUCAGCCCUCUGACCUACUUGACUGCUUCUACGCCUGCAACACCCACGUCGUCUGCAUUGCCAGCGUGCCAGGUGUGUUGGAGUCUGAUUAUUUGGCAGGUGAGGAGGUGCCCCAAGACCUGGAGGCUAGUCAAGGUGACGGGGUGUCACUGGCCGGCAGUGUGGCCAGCGUGGGCUCAGCAGGCAGCGAUGGAGCCAUGGCAGCAGAGGGGACCACUGCCAUUCCCCAGACGGCCAGCACAGGUGUCACCGACCAGCCUGCUGAGCACAGUGGCAUCUCUAGCUCUGUUGAGCUGUCCAGAGAGACCAGUCCUGCAGAAGACGGCGUUCCUGCGGCGGAAGAGGCAACGGAAGCAACGGAGGCUAAUGCUGGCGUGGGCGAAGAAGGAGAGGAGGACCAGGGAGCGGAUCCAAACCAGCCAGGAAUCUAUACGGAGCAUGUGUUCACUGACCCGCUCGGCGUGGGACCCACUGACUCCCCUUCUGCUAACGCACAGAGGGGCUGCGGGCAUGAUGACGACACUUCUUUUCCAGAAGUCUCCAACCCAUCAGAUGGGGAAGUACUGAGGAUGAGCAGCGCCCUACCCACCAUGUGGCUGGGAGCGCAGAAUGGAUGUCUGUAUGUACACUCGUCUGUGGCUCGAUGGAGGAAGUGUCUCCAUGCCAUCAAGCUGAAAGACUCCAUCCUCAGCAUAGUACAUGUUAAAGGGAGAGUCUUGGUAGCACUGGCUGAUGGGACAUUAGCAAUUUUCCACAGAGGCAUUGCAGACGGUCAGUGGGAUUUAACCAACUACCACCUGUUGGAUCUGGGACGGCCCCACCACUCUAUCCGCUGUAUGACCGUGGUCCAUGACAAGGUGUGGUGUGGCUACAGGAACAAGAUCUACGUCAUACAGCCGAAGGCCAUGAGGAUAGAGAAAUCGUUUGACGCUCAUCCUCGCAAGGAGAGUCAGGUGCGGCAGCUGGCCUGGGUUGGAGACGGUAUCUGGGUGUCCAUCCGUCUGGAUUCAACUCUACGCUUGUUUCACGCCCACACCUACCAGCACCUCCAGGACGUGGACAUCGAGCCCUACGUCAGCAAGAUGUUGGGUACGGGUAAACUGGGCUUCUCUUUUGUGAGAAUCACAGCUCUGAUGGUGUCCUGCAGCCGGCUCUGGGUGGGGACAGGAAACGGCGUCAUUAUCUCCAUCCCUCUGUCUGAAGCCAACAAGACAACAGGAAUAGUGCCAAAUCGUCCCGGCAGCGCUGUCCGGGUUUACGGUGACGACGGUUCAGACUGUGUCGUGCAGGGCAGCUUCGUGCCAUAUUGCUCCAUGGCCCACGCCCAGCUGUGUUUCCAUGGACAUCGAGAUGCUGUCAAGUUUUUUGUCACCGUGCCAGGUCAGGCGAUGCCCCCUCCAGGCAGUGCUGAUUCAGGCUCUGAUGACCCUCCAUCUGAAUCCUCUGACACAGCAACCUCUGAGCCCAAAACCUUCCUGGUCAUGAGUGGAGGCGAAGGCUACAUUGACUUCAGAAUGGGCGAUGAAGGCGGUGAGUUGGACGGUUUAUCCGAACCAACAGCCAGCCAGCAGUCGCCGCCUACCAAGGCCGAGCGAAGCCACCUCAUCGUCUGGCAGGUCACAACCUCACAUGACUGAAAGAAAAAAAAAAACCUUACAGACUGUUGUGUCAACACCACGACCGCCCACCAAACCCCCCGCAUGUCCUCAACGUUUUUAAUUUAUAUCACUGAUUGUUCUUAAUGCCUGAGUAGUUGACUACUUUGUAAAAAAAACAAUUAUUUUUAGUCCAUGUUUUUGUACAGUUUAUUCUUUAUGAAUUUGAAUUAGUUAAGGUGAGGUUUAUGUUAACUUAAAGAAUACGUGCAAGCUCCAAGUUUUCCCUUCUGCUGGUCUGCAUGCUGAAAAAGCCGGUGCACACUGGAAAGGCCAAGUUAAUGCAACUAAAGCUGUGGGCAUAGUUUGAUCAGGUGAUGUAUGGAAGUUGUUGCUCUCCCAACUGUUAAAAAAGGGUUUAGAUGUGAAAGAUAAAAGGAAAAAGCGCUUGAAGCAGUGUCGCUGUCCUUA